AUGGGGGGAAAUCAUUCAAGCACAACAUCAUUCAUUCUUUUGGGAUUUGGCAAUGCCUUUGAACUGAGAAUUCUCUUCUUCAUGUUGUUUCUAACCAUUUAUGCAUUGUCAAUUGUCGGGAACCUCAUCAUUGUUGUCCUAGUUGUGGUGGACCUACAUCUUCAUACCCCAAUGUAUUUCUUCCUUCUGAACUUGUCCUGCUUGGAGACCUGCUACAUUUCAACCAUCCUUCCCAGAAUGCUGGCUAGUUUCCUCACUGCAGAUAGAUCUAUAUCUGUUAAGGGGUGUAUCACACAAUACUAUUUCUUUGCUUUCUGUGCAGCUACUGAAUGCUACCUGUUAGCAAUGAUGUCAUAUGAUCGGUAUUUGGCUAUACGUAAACCAUUGCACUAUACAUCCCUUAUGAAUGGUAGACUCUGCCUCCAACUGGCAUGCGCAUCUUGGAUGUGUGGCCUGUUAACCAACACUAUAAUAACUGCUUUUAUGUUAGAGCUCACAUUUUGUGGACCUAAUGAAAUUGACCAUUUCUUUUGUGAUGUGUAUCCUGUGGCCAACCUGUCCUGCAGCAAUGCCCACUUAGUGAAACUCGCAACUUUUAUUCUAGGCCUCAUGGGAACAGGGCCCACUUUUCUACUGACUCUGUCCUCCUAUGUCUGCAUCCUAUUCACUGUCUUGCAAAUUAAAUCCAAGACUGCACAAAAAAAGGCCUUCUCCACCUGCUCCUCUCACCUCAUUGUUGUGACCUUUUUCUAUGGGUCAAUAUUCCUUGUCUACAUAGUCCCUGAAACUGAAAAACUGAAGGAACUUCACAAACUGUUCUCUCUGUUCUAUACUGUCUUGACUCCCACACUCAAUCCCCUGAUAUACAGUUUGAGAAACCGAGAGGUAAAGGAGGCUCUUUCCAGAACUGUCCGAAAGUUCAGCAACCGAGUUUCAUAG